AUGAAGCGCAUGCAGUUGCUUUGGCUCUUUGCCUCCAUGACGGCAGGGACUCGCCCUCUGAUUCGGGCCAAGAAUGCUGCCACCAACUACCCAGGCAUUCAGUUUGGUGGAGACAGGAAGCUCUCCAUCACAGUCUUCAGUGACUUGCACUUCGGAGAGCCUGAGAGUGCACGAGGCCGUCACGACGCAGACUUCAAGACUAUCAACACCAUGAAGUCUGUCCUAAACAACGAACAACCCAAUCUAGUCGUUCUCAACGGCGAUCUUACUUCAUGUGAGUGGGUGGCUCCAGAGAACGCCAAUUCUCUAGUCGACCAGAUCGUUGCCCCGCUCGUCGAACGCAAUAUCCCCUUUGCUACGACCUGGGGCAAUCAUGAUGCAUCGAAAACUUGCAGCACCCGCCUCAUGUCUGAGCACAUGUGGGACAUGAAAGGGACGAACGGCAAGAAGCUCUCAUUCACGACAUCUUCUGUACCCGGAGAGUACGGCCAAGUCGGUACGAGCAACUAUCUUAUCCCUGUAUACAGCUCGUCGGAUGCCAGCAAGCUUGAGAUGCUCCUGUGGUUCUUCGAUAGCAAGGGCGGCCGUGUGUAUCAGCCUAAUGGUGGUGACAUGACUGUCGCUAAUUGGGUUGACGACAAGGUUGUCUCAUGGUUCCGCCAGUCCAGCAACGAAUUCCGCCAACAAUAUGGCCGUGUCGUCCCUAGCUUGGCCUUCGUCCAUAUCCCAGUACACGCGGCCCGAGCUUUCCAGAAGGACGGUGGUCGUACUGGCGCCACUGAGCCAGGUCUUGACGAAGAGCUGAUUGGGCAUCAAGGCGAUGUGUGCGAUAAUAAUGACAACUGCAACUACAAUGGCGCCGACACACCCUUUAUGAAAGCGCUUAUCGAGACUGAGGGCCUGAUGGCUGUCUUCUCCGGUCACGAUCACGGCGUCGACUGGUGCAUGAAGUGGUCCAAGAGCCUUCCCUACAAUGAUCCUACCAAGGGCAAUGGACUCAACCUCUGUUUUAAUCGACAUUCAGGCUACGGUGGAUAUACCGAUUGGAAACGCGGUGCCCGCCAAAUCGUUAUUGAGCAAGAUAAACUAGGCAAGAAUGAACUUGAGACCUGGAUCAGGCUGGAAGAUGGAGAUGUGUCUGGGCAUGUAAUGCUGAACGCUACUUACGGUGUUGAUCACUACCCGAAGGUGGACAAGUUGAAGAGCUUCGUCUCAUAUCUUGAGCCGAAGCCUGCUGCAGUGUUUGCCGAACGACCUUCGAGUGUGGCGAAACCUAAACCCAAGUCUAAGUCAACAACGGCAUCGCAAACCAAACUGAAGUCAACGAUGACUACACGACCGGACGUGCAGAAGCCGAAGACAAUGUUGACAAAAAGCAAAUCAAGUAUCAAGCCGACAGCACAUCCAAAGAGCCUGGACGUGAAGAAAAGCUCGAAUCGUUAGCAACAGGCGGUUGUCGAAUAUCGCAAUAUGCCUAC